AACCGCUACCGAUUAUCACCAGUCAGUUUUGUUAGCAAAGACGAAUACAUCGUGAAUCAUGACAAGUGGACAACGACAUAACUUAAUAGGACCUUCUUUAGUGAAUAGAGGAGGUAAAGCGAUGGAUUCAUUUUUGGAUGCGUUUUUCGCUCUGGAUACUGAUAAUCGUGAACAAAUAUCACUGAAUGAAUUAAGUGCUUACAAUAAGAAAAAUAACUUACAGGAUAAUUUCCCUGAAACAUUUCUUCGUCGUUUCGAUGCUGAAAAAACCGGCAUUGUAACGUUGGACCAAUAUUGCAAAGCACUGGGUCUUGUUCCUAAAGAAGCGCGCGAGUUACGAAGACGUCGUACAACACAAUUACUUGAACAGUUAAUACCACGUGACUUAGAAUUCAUAUAUGAUGAUAUGGAUUUAGAAAUGAAACUCAAAAUUAUGGAACUGUUUAUCGAUGAUUUACGUGAAUCUGGUCGUAAAACGAAUGUUGACAUGGAAUUAUUAGAUAAAGCAAUGCAACGUUUGAAAGAAUAUUUUGAUACACGUUAUGGUAAAUCUUGGCACAUAGUUGUAUCGAUUAAUCAACAUUUGGCAAGAUUCAGUUAUGAACCCGGUACACUGUUUCAUUUUUGUCUUGGACGCUUCGCUGUAUUGAUAUGGAAAACACCUUGCUCGGCUUAAAUCUUAUUACCAUUUGAACAGUUACUGGGUGAUGCAAUCUAUGAGUUCAUUUGUCUGUGUGAUUUUUCAUUUUGCUUGUUUUCCUUCGAAUGCAAUUUCUUCUACUGUUUGCUUGUUGUAUUUGAUAUGCACCUAAAUAAAGUGGUACAGCUGUUUUGUAUGUGACCAAGUCGUUACUAUCAUUCCUUCCUUGCAAGAUUGAAACUUCGAAUAUGCAUAUCACAUAAUAUAUUUUGGAAGUAAAUUAAAACGAUCACAAAUACACAAAUAUAUGCACAGAUUCUUUUAUUUGUGAACUAUUAACAAUGAAUUUCAAGAGAUAUACUCAAGGAAUGAAUCAAGCCAUCCUCUCUGUUUUAUGUUCAAUUCUAGUUUUGAAUAAUUUAAUGAAAAGUUGAAGCGGUAGUAUUAAAAUACAUCAGCUAUUAUUGUUUGA